AGUGACGUCACACCAAGAUGGCGACCGCAAAGAAGUACGACGUUGUUGUUUUCGGGGCGUCUGGCUUUACCGGCCAGUACGUGGUGGAAGAACUCGGCAGAGUCACCUCGGAGGAAGAGAGGGGCCUGACCUGGGCAGUGGCAGGCCGCAGCGAAGAGAAACUCAACAAAGUGUUGGAAAAAGCGGGCGCUACCAUCGGGGCAGACCUGAAGGAUGUGGUGGAUGUGCUGAUAGCUGAUGUGGAGAAAGAGGAGACGCUGAACGACAUGGCCGCACAGGCACAGGUCGUGCUCAACUGUGUCGGCCCUUAUCGCUUCUAUGGAGAACCGGUGGUGAAGGCCUGUGUGAAGAACAAAACCCACCACAUCGACAUCUGUGGGGAGCCACAGUUUCUGGAGUCGAUGCAGUUUAAGUAUGAUGAGGAGGCUAAGAAGAAGGGAGUGUACGUCCUGCAGUGCUGUGGGUUUGACAGUGUUCCUGCAGACCUGGGGGUGCUCUACACCGUCAAGAACUUCCCAGGCAGAAUAAAUUCUGUGGAGAGCUAUCUCAACCUGAGUGCUGGACCUGAGGGAGCGGUGGGACAUUACGCGACAUGGCAGUCUGCCAUCCAUGGUCUGGCCAACGCAGAGGAGUUGAAAAAACUGCGAAAGGAUAUGGGCACCAAGAAACCCCUUCCCAAGUCUGGACCCAAACUGGAGAACAGAGGUCCGGCCCACUGGAGUGAGAUGAUGCAGAAGUGGUGCGUGCCUUUCCCUGGGGCAGACGCUUCGGUGGUCAGAAGAACACAGAGAUUCCUCUACAACAACGGAGAGAACUUCCCGGUGCAAUACGCAGCCUACGUCAGCAUUCCGGAUCGGAUAGACCUCUUCAAGUUCCAGGCAGCGUCCAAGGUGGUUACCGGUCUGGCCGACACGGAGUUCGGACUCGGCUUGCUGGAGGAGGUGCAGUUUGGUGCGUACUUCUGUGUUCCGGUGUUCAGGUACUUGGUGUUACUGAUGGUCGCUGGUGUGGUCUUUGGGGUCAUGACCAAGUUCAGCUGGGGACGGUGGCUGCUGUCCAAGUAUCCCCGCCUGUUCUCACUCGGAUACUUCAGCCACGAGGGACCCACUCAGAAACAGAUUGAAGGGGCAUCUUUCACCAUGCAGUUCAUAGGCAGCGGGUACAGCAAUGCAGUGCUGGAAGACGGGGAUUACGACGGCCCUCCCAACAUGACCAUCGCCACUCAGGUGGAGGGGCCAGAGGCCGGCUACGUGACCACUCCCAUUGUAAUGGUGCAGGCAGCCAUCACUCUGCUGAGGGAGAUGAAGAAAUUACCUGCCAAGGGAGGGGUGAUGACGCCCGGCACAGCCUUCAAGGACACCAGUCUCGUGGAGCGUCUGAGUGACAGAGGGGUGAUUUUCUCCGUCACCGCACCGGCAGCAUCAAACUAAUGACAGCCUCCACCUGCCAACGCUUCAUCCUCCACAAAUAGCACACAACUACAGUAAUGACUGUCCCAAAAUAGUGCUGUGUACCAGUCCCGGACUUGCAAAAAUGUAUUAGGUUCAAGUCCCAAAAACCUAAAAGUCAAGAACCGAUUCCAGACUUAUUACACACAAACAAAAAAAAA